AUGCAGGUGCGGCCCCAUGCCUUCGUGUGUCGAGUUUGGAAGUUCUCAACACACGAAGAACAUGGAUCUGCUGGAGCAGGUCCAGAAGAGAGCCACAAAUAUGGUCAGCUCCUCGGCCUUACUCUCCUCUCACUGCUGCUGCUGCUGGCACAAAUCCUCCUCCUUGGACUAAUCUUCCACUGUGAGUACCUGCUUGGACAACAGGUGAGCUGCACCCAUGGUUCCUGGAACACGGAGGAAAACCCCAGCUAUGGGCAGCAGACACUGCAAGGGCAAUGCCAGUUCUGCCCAUCCAUCUGGCUCUGGGAUAUGGGGCAGUGCUACUACUUCUCCUCUGCCAAAAAGAGCUGGGAGCAGAGCAGAGAGGACUGCUGCUCCAGAGAAGCACAGCUGGUCACCAUAUGAGCCAAUGCCACCCUGGCUUUCCUGGUGUGUACUGCAGACAAGGAGGUCGUCCACACAGGGCUGAAGUGGGAUGGCUCCAGGUCUGAUUGGAAGUGGCUGGAUGGCACUGCACUAAAGGGGCUUUUUCCAGUCCAGCGCUCCACCAGCUCCUUGGCCUGAGGCGGGAUGUCAGGCUUGGAACUGUCAGGUGGUCUGUGCAGGGAAGCCCUUGGGUGGGUCUGUCAGCAGAGAGCAACCUCCCUGCAGUGGCUCCCAUCCUCACCACCUGCCCUCCUUUGGGGAAACACCACCUACAUCUGUGUGGGGCCCUGA